CUUCGUCGCUGAACAAGCCAGAAAUGAGUUUACCAGAAGUAACACAAAAUUUAGCUGUGGAAGUAAGUAGUGAAGGAACUACCUCACAAGUGGAAGAAAGCCUCAAAGUAGAUUGGAAUCAUCUAUGCUUAACGGAUUUAAGGACAAUGUGUGUUAAGUGUAACAUCCCAAUGGAUGGCACAAAAGCUGAGCUAGUAGCUUGCCUGGAGGAUUUUUGGACAGGACUUGAUGAUGCAAGCUCGCCACCCAAACUAGAUAAAGGUAAAACAGUGGAGCAACUUUCGGAAGAUUUUGGCGAAAGGCAAGGACCGCACUUUCCAGAUGUAGAGGGGCAGAAUCUUGAUUUCUUGUCCUAUAUGGAAAGUAGGUUGGAACAAAAAAUUGAGGAAAAGUUAGGAGAUUCGCUGCCAAAGAUCCUAGAUAGGAGCUUGCAACAAUGGUCAGCCAAAUUAAAUAAACCAGGUUGGACCGGGGCUGUUGAAGCUAGCUUCCCAAGGAAGAGCUUCAAGAAAUCACAGGACCAACACGAAUACAAUGCAAUUCAGGAUGCCGGAACUUUGCUUGAAAAGGUGAUCCAGGAAGGGUCAAUGGAAAAAACAGCAGAGGUUCAGGAGUUGUUAAGGUUAAGAGCAUUCGUAUUAAGAGUGGCUGAAGAAGAGGGCUGGAAUGUAGCAGCAAAGAUACCAAAACCAACACCUGACGAAGGUGACGAAUUUAAGGAAUUACUGGUGGAAGCAAGGAAGCAAGCAAAACCAUACGAAGGGUGCUCCACGUCCUAUGCUAAGAAAUCUUGGAGAAAUAGGAAGAAUGAUUUUUGGGCUUUAAGUCAUACUGCAGCAGUGUGUCCUUCGAAGUCAGAAGAAAAUAAACAAAAUAAUGAUGUUAAUGGGCAUUUCGGAUCAAGACAGGGAGUGGAGAUUUCUGGUCGUUCACAUUCAUCCAUAAAGGAAUUGUCAGAAAAGGCAAAGAAAUUAGCAAGGGACUCAGUGUCUCCUUUUAUAAGACAAAAGCUGAUAAAUAUUGGGGUCUCUACACAACUUUUUGCAAGAAAUUCGAGUCUUAAUCACCCAGUAGGAAUUGAGUGUGAGGAAGGAAAAUUGAGUUUUUUAGCUCUGAACGAUCCUCAUCAACAAUCUCAUACUGUACUACAAUUAGGCACAGAUGUAUUGUUGGUCAUGGAAGGUGUUCAUUUGAUAGAAGGGAUGUGUUCCAUGACGAACAAUAAUAAUGAACCGCUUGUGAACGAAGUUACAAGGCG